GCCGGCGGGGCGCCUGCGCGCUGCCGGGCUCUCGCCGCCAUCGUCAGCGCGAGGGGAAGAGCGUGGUCUCCCGGUGUCGGGUCCGGGUUCAUGUCGGCCAAGUCUCCGGUUGGCUUGGUGCUCAUUUUCGCCGCUGCCACGGCUUAUCUGUACGUGCUGUCCAGCAAUCUGCCCCAUGCGGCGCACAGCCGAGAGUCGCUGAACGACCAGGAGGAGGAGAGGCAGGAGUCCAGGUUACUAUCAUUUCCAUCUGACCUGGAAGAACUGCGAGCGCUUGCUGGCUUGCUGCAAUCCUACAGAGCUCAGCACACUGGUUAUGUGCUCCUACUCUUCUGUAGUGCAUACCUCUACAAACAGACCUUUGCAAUCCCUGGCUCCUCCUUCCUGAAUAUAUUAGCAGGUGCGUUAUUUGGACUAUGGCUGGGCCUCGCCUUGUGUUGUGUUUUAACAGCAAUUGGAGCAACCUUCUGCUUCCUGCUGUCCAAGACAUACGGCAAACAGUUUGUGGUGCAACGAUUUCCUGAGAGACUCUCAAUGCUACAACAAAAGGUGCAGGAAAACCGGAACAGUCUGUUCUUUUUCCUCUUGUUCCUUAGGUUUUUCCCAAUGACUCCAAAUUGGUUCCUAAACAUCACAUCUCCCAUUCUCAAUGUUCCUCUCACGCAGUUCUUCUUCUCCAUUGUAAUUGGUCUCCUUCCCUAUAACUUCAUCUGCGUGCAGACUGGCUGCAUCCUGUCUGAGAUCUCUUCACUGGAUAACCUGUUUUCUUGGUCCAUCCUGAUGAAACUGCUGGUCAUUGCCAUAGUAGCACUUGUCCCUGGAGCUCUCAUUAAACAUUACAGUCAUCAGCAUCUGCAGUUGGGCGGAAAGGUUAAAAACGGGCACUUGGAUAAUGACCGGAAGACAAGAUGACCGAUGCUAACCCCUCUUUGUUAUUUAUGGUUUUAUUAUUGUAUGAAACAGUCUUAAUCUGAAGAAACAAUCUUUCUAAAAUAUGGAGUUUUACUUAUCAUAGAAGCCUGUCUAGUAAAAUCUGAACCAUGCCACAGUCUUCAAAGCACUGCCUACAAGCUACCAUUCAGAUUACUGAAGCUCUGCUGACAGUAACUGCAUCUGUCUGAGCUGAUAGGUGCCCACUUAUUACGACUUCACAUGCAAAAGGUGUCCAAUACUUGAUAAUUAAGUGGACAAUAACAUUUGAGUGGGUUGUUGUCUUACAGGUAAUUAAAAGAAGUUCAACUGUGGCUGUGAGCAUUGAGACAUGCUAAAGUAUUUUUGCUUUAACUCUAGUAUGGCCUCAGCUGGUCAGAACUAUGGAUGUUAUUUGUCAAAGACCUAAAUUAUGCAGAUUGUCUAGAUGUAAAUAGCAAAAGAUGUCACCUGUCCUCUGAGGGCAGAGAACACAUUUUGGUUUUAGAAGCUAAAGGAUUUCCAAUCAAACAGUCCAGUCUAUAGUUGUUCCCAAUCCCCUGUUUUCUACUUUACAGCAGUCAUAACAUACCAGAUGUAUUUCAUUGGUUGUGAAGCACUUUAGAAAGCUCUGGGGUCAUGAAAGUCACUAAUGUUUUCUCCUGUCUGGCCUUAACUGGUGCAGAGAGAUUGCAGUAGUGCAAAAUACCCUGGAGCCUUGAGAUAACUAACCUCUGGUGGGAACUGCCCACCUGACUGGGCCAUCAUACCUCCUGUGGCAAAACUGAGCUGCCUGUGAUGCCUGUUUUAUUUUUAAGUUCUCCCUUCUGAUUCAAGCUGCCAUCAUUGGUUCUUUUCAGUCAUGCUGCACACCUCUUGGUCUUGUUUGUGUUGGCAGAUCAGCUGAGUGAUCACACACAUAUGGCAGAUUACUCACUGGAUGGGAAGCCGAUUGGUGAGGAUGUGUGGCAUUCAUGGCUAUGUGUCCAGCCUGCUUACCUCUCCAUUGACCUGGCAGCAGUGCUGCUAUCCUCAGUUACUACCUGCAGUCAAAUUAGUGACGUGUUCUGAGUGUCUCACCUGCCUCAAUUAUUCGAUAUUGUGUUCAAGGCAGGUGGGACGAAUGAGACUAAAUGGAGCAGCUGAAGCCUGAAUACCAAAAGGAAAUUAUUUUUGCUUUCAUCAUUCAGCAAGAUUUUUAAUGGUAAAUAUCCCAAGUUAUGAUUUCACAGGGCAGGUUGAGAGGGAAGGAAUCCCAAAUUUAAAGUGUGAGAGAAUGGUGGAGAUCUAUGUGAGUAGUAAUUGACCUUAAGAUGUUGACCUCAACACUGGUGACUGUGCUACCUGAGACCCCACAACCCAGGAUAUUUAAGGAUAUUAUGCAUCUUUUUUUAACAGCCAGAGGGUUGAAGUAUAUUUUUAUUAAUUGAUUUUUUAAUGAUAAUAAGUGAGCAGCUCCUGGGGUGGAACUGGUGAGAAGCCAGUGAUGAUGAUCAGAUCUGGAUGUAGAAAGUGGUCUUUAUGCCAUGGUCAGAUGGGAGCAAGAAGCGUGAGCACAAAGAUAGUGGUGGGCAUGUCUGAAGAAAAUGUAAAAUAAUUCUUUCUCACUUCUCUCCCCCACCCUGCCCCUCAAUCCCGGCAAGUAAAUGCAGCACUGUAUGUAUUACAAAGGAACUUUGAAAAGCAGUUGCACACUUUUUUGACUUGAUGUGGAAGCCUAUCUGUUAAAACUUUUGUUCUCUCUUGAAUUCAACACUUGGUUUACUGUACCUGUGAAAAGCCCCCAGCCAUCAAACAAUACGUGUCCAACAUGGAAUGGAGUGUUAGCUGGAGAUGAUGUGCCGUGUCAUUGCUGCUCUUACCACUUCUUUGUUCACAACCCUGCCACUUUGUGAUCAUACGUGCAUCCACACUUAUACUCCCCCAUCUCUCACUGCCUUGCAAGUAGCUGCACGGUUGAAACAUGAGCUCCUAACUUGCCUUCCUUUUUGUAUUUGAUCUUACCCAAUGAUGGUAACUGUUUAUUUAAUCAGUCUUAUCCUUUUUUCUGAAGUCAAGCAUCAUGCAGCAGGGAAACAGACCCUUCAGUCCAACCAGUACAUGCUGACAAUAAUCCCAAAUUAAAUCAGUCCCACCUGCCUGCACUUAAAAUUCAAAUGUUCUUGAGGAUUUCCAUGGAUAGAGUUUGAGGGAUGUUAAUAAUAUUUAAGUGUCUGGUGUGCUGUGAACCUGGAAAACUGACUGCAUGUUGGGGCCUGCUACAUUUUUCAUCGUGAAAUGUAUAUGACACCAACAGCUAUUGCUAGGUGCACAUAAGAAAGGUGGUGUUUGGCCUUCUGAUGAACCAUGGGGUGGUAAGGCUCCCAAAUUGGAGAGAGUGGGUAGUUGUCAGGGUGAGGUGUAAAUUUAACCAGCUCUCUCUAACUGACCAGUCUAAUUAGAUUGUUAGUUUGGGCAUGGGAGAAGCAGGAACUGAAAUCAAUUCCUGCCAGGGUGGGUUACGUUAUAAUGAGACAUCAGUUUGGAAAUUUUAGAGUAGUAUUUUUGACCACUGAAUCCCCACACUCUCAGCAAGUCUGGGCGGAGUGAGAUUUGGAGGUAUUCCCAUAAUUAUCUCCUCUUUGGAUAAGGGUGGUGUUUGCUUUGUGCAUUGGUUAGUUCUUCUCUAAAGGUAAACAUGCAGGUUGAGUCCGUGAUUAAGAAAGCGAAUGCAAUGUUGUCUCUUAUCUCAAGGUUGGAAUAAUAUAAAAGCAG